UAAGGGCGGGUGUGGAUGUCUGGCAGCAGUUCUGCCGAAGCCACGACGGCGCGGGCCACGUCUAGACGAGGCUGCAGAGGCUCAACUUCUCGCGGCAGCGGCCGGAGGCUCCUUUUCUUUCCCGAGCGAGGCGCCGCCUCUUUUCCCUCCUCCUCCUCCUCCUCCUCCGUCUCAAGGCUCUCGCCAACCUCCUUUCGGAAGAUGGCCGGGCUAAACAGCAAGACCCACGCAGCGGAGGCGCCGAGAAGCAGCGGCCGAGGGGUCGUGAUUUCAGAUGAUUGGCCUGGGUAUAGUUUGGAACUGUUUACAUAUCCACAACACUACUAUGGAGAUCUUGACUAUGUGCUCAUACCACAUGGGAUCAUUGUGGACAGGACAGAAUGUUUGGCCAAAGAUAUCAUGCAAGACAUUGGAUACAAUGACAUUGUAGUUCUCUGUGUACUUAAAGGUGGCUACAAAUUCUGUGCUGACCUUGUGGAGCAUAUUAAGAACCUCAGUAGAAAUUCAGAAAGGUUCAUCUCCAUGAAAGUUGACUUUGUCAGACUGAAAAGUUACCUGAAUGACCAGUCUAUGCAAGAUACACAGAUCAUAGGGGGAGAUGACUUCUCAAAGCUGGCUGGAAAGAAUGUAUUAAUUGUGGAGGAUAUCAUUGGAACUGGAAGAACGAUGAGAGCUCUGCUCAGCAAAAUUGAAAAAUGCAAACCCAAGAUGGUCAAGGUGGCAAGUUUGCUGGUGAAAAGAACAUCUCAGCCUAAUGGAUACAGACCGGACUAUUAUGGAUUUGAAAUUCCAAAUUUAUUUGUGGUGGGCUAUGCUUUAGACUACAAUGAGUACUUCAGAGAUCUAAAUCACAUAUGUGUUAUCAAUAACCAUGGCAAAGCCAAAUACAGAGUCUAAGGAAUAACCGGCUGGCCUGAACUGGAAAACUGACAGUCCCCUUGAAGCAUCUCCUGAAGACAUCCGUCCCAUUCAGCCUGGACUAAAAAGUGGCCCCUUCUUUCUAAGGGGGGGGGAGCCUUUGCCACCCUCAUCUCCUUUGUAGCAGAACUUGGACAAGGCAAAGACCGAGAAGUCAUGAUCUUUUUAUAUAUACAUAUAAUUUAGUGUUAUAAGCUAGCAACUAAUUAGUUAAUUCAUUAUAAUUAGUUAGGACUAUAAUUAGUUACUAUGAGAUAGUAAGUGAGAUGGCAUUUAUUUGUUGGCUUGCUUGUCCCUUACCUUGCUCCAAUCUUCUUUGUGAACAUAGUGAGGGCAGCUGCGCUAGUCACAAAGCCAUUCUGCAAGGAUCCGUAGCUUUGUGCCUCUCAGUUGUGCAUCUUGUUGCUUCCAGUUCUCUCCAGUAACCUAUCUGUGCCUUCUUCUGAGCCCUUCUUUUAAAGCUUUCUUGAAGAAGCUUAGUGUACCUCAGAGAUGGGGAACUGCAGGCCCUGGGACCAAGCAUAGCCCCAGACACCUUUGUCGGCUCCUUGGGGCUUUCUGCAAGCCACACCCUCUUUCCGCAGUUCACCCCCCUCACUAGCUCUUAGAAUCAUAGAAUUAUAGAGUUGGAAGGUACCCCGAGGGUCAUCUAGUCCAACCCCAU